CGCACUUCUGCUGGCUCGGGUGAGGGGGGGACGAGCAGAAAUAAGGGAAAGUAUUCCAAAAAAGAUAAGAGUCGUAAAAGCCCGGGAUACCUCGUGAGCAGUUUACGGGAUGCACGCGGGAGCUACAGUUAGCACCUGAGAUGCACGCGCAGGAGACAAGCCGCUGCUGUGAAAUCAUUUUUUGUGUGAAGACGUGUUGCGGGCCGCCAUCUUUUUUUGCUCAAAAAGUCUGCUCAGAGUCGAGAGAGGGGAUUCAAAAACGCAUUUCCAUGACGUGUGCCUUACCGUAACACCAAGAAGAUAGAAAUUAAUCACUUGGUUUGAUUACCCGCGGGCUAGUGGCGACCUUUUUUUUUCUACAGACAUGAGGAUUUAUCAGAUGAAAAAGUGAGGCCACCUUUUCCGCUCUCAUAACUGACACUGACUGUGGAGGAGAUAAAUUAUUAGAAGAGAAGCUCGUGUGUAUUCUCUCGGAAGGCGGAACGAAAAGGGGAAGCUUCAUUGAUCAUAUUUUUGCUUCUUCGGGCUCCGUCGAUGUUUGUUUGUCGCGUUAACUUUGAAUGUUUUCUAUUUUGGCCGCUCCAACAAUCACUCAGCCUUUGACUGGAACCACAUUAUGCUUCAAAGUUGGGUCCAGCCAGUCGCAGCCUGCCUCUGAAAAACGUCAGGUUGUUUUAUUAUUAUUAUUAUUAUAUUAUUAUUAUUAUUAUCAUUAUAUAAGAGGUCUUUGGAGCCUGCAUCGUCUGUGCAGAUAUCUCGGAAAAGAAGAAAAAACCUCAGGGCGACGAAUGCCCUGCUCUGCAUCUCCCCAUCGGAAACACGCUUACACGUUUUAACUUAUUGUCUAGUCCUGUUUUAGUGAAUUUUUUUUCUCGUUUGUAGACUGAUAUUAACUUAUUUUUGAACAGAAAUGUCAACUGCUCGGUUUGAUUCAGCCGAUCGGUCCGGCUGGUAUUUUGGACCCGUGUCGCGACAGGAGGCACAGAAUAGGUUACAAGGACAGAGACAUGGCAUGUUUCUUGUUCGAGACUCGUCGACCUGCCCGGGCGACUACGUGUUGUCAGUAUCUGAAAACUCCAAAGUGUCUCACUAUAUCAUCAACUCUUUACCCAGUAAGAGGUUUAAGAUAGGCGAUCAAGAAUUUGACCACCUCCCUGCCCUCUUGGAGUUCUACAAAAUCCACUACCUGGAUACGACCACGCUGAUAGAGCCAGCCCCCAGGUACCCAAGCACAGUGACAGGUCCCAUCCAGCCCAUGGGUGGUUUAGACGAGAACCUGGAGUAUGUGCGGACUCUAUAUGACUUCCCAGGCAACGAUGCAGAGGACCUUCCUUUCAAGAAGGGGGAGAUCCUCAUCAUCUUGGAAAAACCAGAGGAGCAGUGGUGGAGCGCCAAGAGUAAAGAGGGACGUAUUGGGAUGAUCCCUGUGCCCUAUGUGGAGAAAUUGGUACGACCCUCACCCCACCCUGGCCAGUCAACCCACGGAUCUCGCAACUCCAACAGCUACGGCAUCCCAGAGCCCUCCCAUGCCCUCGUCCAUGCCUACGCCCAGCCACAAACACCUACGCCACUGCCCCCUGGCACGCCUGGGGCAGUUAUCACCCCUCUACCGUCCAUGCAGAAUGGCCCUGUCAUGGCAAAGGCCAUCCAGAAGCGAGUGCCGUGCGCCUAUGACAAAACAGCUCUUUCUCUGGAGGUCGGUGACAUCGUCAAGGUUACACGGAUGAACAUCAGCGGUCAGUGGGAGGGAGAGGUGAACGGACGGCGGGGUCUCUUCCCAUUCACCCACGUCAAAAUCCUAGACCCCCAGAAUCCAGAUGAGAGUGACUGACCUAAGCGUUUGACUGGGCCCUCUUGCCAGUGUCGACCCCGCUGUCGAAUCCGCUGGCUGUCUCCACCUUUCCCGCCAGUGUCACCACGGUUACGUGCUUGCCUGCUUGGGGCUGUACCAUGAUAGCGACCCCUCUGUUGUUGCCAACCGUUGCAAGGCUUUCAGACUGUUUACAGCUUUGGACGUCGUAUCCAAACUUUAAAAAAAAAACCUGACCCCCACCCCUCUUCUUCCACGGUUCCCUUUCCCAUGUCUCUGUUCUAGGCUGGGCAGUAUUUGUUUUUUUGUUUAUUUGUUUUUUGUUUUUUUUGCAUUAGUUUCCUUUCCAGAACUGGGCAUCAGUGUGAGAGUGUAUGUGUAUGUGUGUGUGUGUGUGUGUGUGUGUGUGUGUGUGUGUGUGUGUACACAAGUGCAUGUGUGUGUUCAUCAUGGAUGGAUAUUUACCACAUCAUGUCCUUUUUUUAAAAGAUUUCUCUGAAUAUUUGUUAUGUUUGAAGUCUCUGGGACUUUAGAAAGUGUUGGUGUGUAUGUUUUGUUGAUGUGCAGAUAUUUGUACGAAGUAGGGUGGAGCAAUACCCCUAUGGACUCGGGAGAGCACUGAGGCAACAAGGAUAACCAGCCAGUCAAACGUUAUUUCUCCAAACAAUCAAGUCACUGUUGUACCUUAACCAUUACACAAGCACACACAUGUGAAUACACACACUUAUUGGCCACGAGUUGUUCAGGUUAACAGGUUUUUGAUGUGUAUGCGUGUGAUUUGUGUCAGGAGGAAGCAGAAGCGAUGGGUUCGCAGAGGAUUCUGGCACAAGUCUGACUGACUGGGCUAUUUAUCUUUAUGUUAACAAGACAUGACUCGGCCAUAUGUGAUUUAUCAUCUUUUUACCUAAUAUUUGUGCCACAUGAUCAACCAUAGUGUUUGUUUUUUGUUUUUUUAAUUUUGUUUAUUUUGUUUGUGACAUGGACACGUUGUAUGUUUAGAGGGGUGACUUUGCAUGUCCUCUGGGUGACCUCUCUACUGUCCUUUUUACAUUAUUUUCAACUAAAAGGACAUUGCUUAGAGAUUAGCAGGUUUUUUUCUUUUUCUUUUUUUUUCAGUGCACCAAGCACUAGAAAAUACAUUUCAACGUUUUUUGCAUAGGAGUGCCAAGUUUUGAACAGGUCAAAUAGCAACAACAGCAGUAGCCCUGGACAGCACUUAGCAUCCGACUACAAAGCUUGCUAAAAUCGCAUUGUCACAGUGUGGGCACGAGGACAGAACGCCCUCCACUGAGGUGGCAUAGGUCGGAGAAGGAGGAAAUGUCGCAGCAAGCCAAUGAGAUCCCAUUAAAUGCCUUUUUCAGAGAGCAAGAUAAAUGCAUAUUUUAGCGCAUUCAGUCCCCUCUCUAACCUUAUGUUUUUAAUGUGCGGUAAUUCCUCUCAUUUAGGAUUUUUCUACUAGCUUUAUUCCUUAAAUAUUUGGUCUGUGCACAAUUUUUGAUCCCUUUUUAUGCAAGCAGACUCUUAUCAAGAGUAGCGGAAAAGCAUCUGUGUUCAUGCUGUGCUGCAACCAAUUCUAUUUGAUCAAUAGGAGCCGUGGAUUAAACAGAUGAGCAAACAGUGCUGACCCCUAUAUUUCUGCUGUAAAAAUGAACUCCCCACCCCACCCCCCACCCCCCUCUCUCUUUCUCCUCUUAGUGCUUUUCGUUCAAAUCAUUGCUCAGCCGGAGUAAUAUUGCGCAGCUUUAGUUGUAUCGCAAUUUCUUUCUCUGUCUCUCAAUUUGUAGUCAGCUGUUAAAUCAAGCCUUUUUUCAGUCAAAUGAGUAAUGUUAUUAAACAAAAAGUACCUACGGUGGACAUUUACAAAAGGGAAAAAAAGCCUGCUGGUUGCCUCUGUGCAUGACCUCUUGGCCAAGGAGAUGGUUCAACUUGGCCAAAUGCUGCUUAAUGUCGUUUAUUUCCUUAUUAAAGAAAAGUUUCUUGUUUUUAAAUGCCGUCUGGUCUGAAUUCAACCAGUGGAUUUUUUCUCAUCAGACUUAAUGACUUCUACUAAUUAAGCAAUACGCCCUGAUUCUUUUCUUUCUAGAGGUGAACUUGCUUUUCUCAUGCUUCUGACUUUUUGUUAAUGGCAUUAACAGUAUUACUGUGCUCUCUUCUCAUACUCUAGGAAAGCCUGUCUUUUACUUAAUAAUUGAAAAUUGUGCCUUUUAUUUUCUUAAACCAUUUACACCUGUGCUGGUAUUGACCCUUUAUGUACAGAACAAGUAAAUAAAAUUUACGUCUACUUCUUUAA